CAGAGAGCUCUAGACGGGCGGGCCUGAAAGGUCAGAGUCUGCAGGGGUCGCGAUCCAGACGCGCCGCCCCGGCCGAGUCCAGUCCCGCUCGCUGCCUGUAGCCCGCCGCCCUGCUUCGUGCCUGCCAGCAUGUCGUUCGUCCCGGUGGCCGCGGAUUCAGACUUCCCCAUCCACAACCUGCCCUACGGCGUCUUCUCCACCAAAAGCAACCCAAAACCGAGGAUUGGUGUGGCCAUUGGUGACCAGAUCCUGGACCUCAGUGUCAUUAAGGACCUCUUCACUGGGCCUGUCCUCUCCAAACACCAGGAUGUCUUCGAUCAGCCAACUCUCAACAGCUUCAUGGGCCUGGGUCAGGCUGCCUGGAAGGAGGCAAGAGGAUUCUUGCAGAACUUGCUGUCUGCCAGCCAAGCCAGGCUCAGAGAUGACACGGAGCUUCGGAAGCAUGCGUUCACCCCCCAGGCUUCUGCCACAAUGCAUCUUCCAGCCACCAUAGGUGACUACACGGACUUCUAUUCCUCUUGGCAGCAUGCUACAAAUGUCGGAAUCAUGUUCAGGGGCAAGGAAAAUGCAUUGGUGCCAAAUUGGCUGCACUUGCCAGUGGGCUACCAUGGCCGCGCUUCCUCUGUCGUGGUGUCUGGUACCCCAAUCCGAAGGCCCGUGGGACAGAUGAGACCCGAUGACUCUAAGCCUCCUGUAUAUGGUGCCUGCAAACUCUUGGACAUAGAAUUGGAAAUGGCUUUCUUUGUAGGUCCUGGGAACAAAUUUGGAGAGCCGAUCCCCAUUUCCAAGGCCCAUGAGCACAUUUUUGGAAUGGUCCUUAUGAACGACUGGAGUGCUCGAGACAUUCAGAAGUGGGAGUAUGUCCCUCUUGGGCCAUUCCUCGGGAAGAGUUUUGGAACCACAAUCUCUCCAUGGGUGGUACCCAUGGAUGCCCUCAUGCCCUUUGCUGUGCCCAACCUGGAGCAGGACCCCAGACCCCUGCCAUACCUCCGCCAUGACCAGCCUUACACAUUCGACAUCAACCUCUCUGUUGCCCUGAAAGGAGAAGGAAUGAGCCAGCCGGCUACCAUAUGCAGGUCCAAUUUUAAGCACAUGUACUGGACAAUGCUGCAGCAGCUUGCUCACCACUCUGUCAAUGGCUGUAACCUGCGGCCCGGGGACCUCUUGGCUUCUGGAACCAUCAGCGGGCCGGAGCCAGAAAGCUUUGGCUCCAUGUUGGAGCUGUCCUGGAAGGGAACAAAAGUCAUAGAGCUGGGGAAUGGACAUACCAGGACGUUUUUGCUGGAUGGGGAUGAAGUCAUCAUAACAGGGCACUGCCAGGGGGACGGUUACCGCAUCGGCUUUGGCCAGUGUGCUGGAAAAGUGCUACCUGCUGUCUUGCCAGUGUGAGAUCUCUCUGCUGUCCUGGAAUUGAACGGCUCAAGCCCCCCUGGGGGACCAGGGACCCCCUCUAUGUCUGUAGGUCUGGUUCAUUCAGUAAUAAAUAAAGCCAUCAUACUCUGUCUCCA